GACGUGCGUGUGCGCGCGUGCGUAACUGAGGUAAUGGAGGCUAGUGUUCCACUCAUGGGGCUCCCAGUUGGCAGUCAAUCCGCUGUCCUCUAUCUAUUCGCGAUUUAUUGAUUUCAGACAACAAAAGCGGCAGGAGACUAAUUUUUGUUCAGCGGAGAGUAAGUGGAGCUGUCAUCAUUUUGGGAUGGCUUCAGACACACUUCCCCAUAACCAUGGAUCCAAGGGCAUCAUGACAUUUUACCCCUCUGCUGAGGAAUUCGCAAACUUCAGCCGCUAUGUAGCAUAUAUGGAGUCCCAAGGAGCACACAAGGCAGGCCUGGCCAAAGUGGUUCCACCAAAGGAAUGGAAACCCAGGCAAUCAUAUGAUGACAUAGACAAUUUGGUUAUUCCUGCACCCAUUCAGCAGGUAGUGACAGGCCAAUCGGGCCUUUUCACUCAAUACAACAUCCAGAAGAAAUCAAUGUUUGUCAAAGAGUUCCGCAAGAUUGCAAACAGCGACAAAUUCUGUAGCCCUCACUAUGAUGAUUUUGAUGAACUGGAAAGGAAGUACUGGAAGAAUGUGACAUUUAAUCCUCCUAUAUAUGGGGCGGAUGUCAGUGGGAGUUUAUACAAUCCUGAGGUCAAAGAGUGGAACAUUUGUCAUCUAAACACUAUUUUGGACACGGUGGAAUCUGAUAGCGGCAUCACGAUUGAGGGCGUUAAUACACCCUACUUGUAUUUUGGCAUGUGGAAGACCACCUUUGCAUGGCACACAGAGGACAUGGACCUCUAUAGUAUCAACUACUUACACUUUGGAGAGCCCAAAUCCUGGUACUGUGUCCCUCCAGAGCAUGGGAGAAGAUUUGAGCGUCUGGCUCAAGGUUUCUUCCCUGGUAGCGCUCAAACUUGUGAAGCCUUUUUGAGGCACAAGAUGACCCUGAUAUCCCCAUCUAUACUGAAGAAAUAUGGCAUUCCAUUUGAAAAGAUUACUCAAGAUGCUGGCGAGUUCAUGAUUACCUUUCCCUAUGCCUACCAUGCUGGCUUCAACCAUGGUUUCAACUGUGCAGAAUCCACCAACUUUGCUACUGAGCGAUGGAUAGAGUAUGGCAAGCAAGCGGUUUUGUGCUCAUGCCGGAAGGACAUGGUAAAGAUUUCCAUGGGCGUGUUCGUCAAGAAAUUCCAGCCAGAUCGCUAUGAACAGUGGCUAGCUGGGCGAGAUACGGCGGCCAUUGACCACUCACGGCCCACCCCAGAGGCUAAGGAGUUCUUGGGUGACUCCUUUAAUUUUACCAGUAAUGGUAGCAGUUGCUCCAUGGAGAGUGGCCAGGAUGAUGAAGUCCGGAAGAGCCCCCCUCAGAGAAUUGAGACCAAGAGACACCGGGUGUGUCUGGAGCUACCCGAGGAGGUUCUUCCCGAAGAUGAAGAUGAAAACGGGGAAAUGACACUGUAUGCAAAGCGCCCCAGGCUAAAUCUUUUACCACCACGUAUUGUGCCACAAGAUGGAAAGAGAAAUAAAGGCCCCCCGAAGUUGGUGGUCACACCGACCAAGCUUACAUUGAUGGAUCCGUUUCACAGAAGCGCAAGUGAUGCAAGCCGCCCGCCUCACUACGCCAAGACUCGUGCGCCUGCAUUCUCUUCCCAGUCUCAUAAUGGUCGUCUGUCACCUGCCGCGGGACAGCCUGUCCGUAAAAUGGGUGUAGCCAGCUUGCUCUUCCAUCGGACAGUCACCCAAAAAGACAUCCUGCAAGUGCACAGCUACCCUCGGGAAAAACAGCAGCUUCCCACUCAGCUGCAGGUGCACAGCUACGCCAAAGAGCAUCAGCCCAGUCUUCUCCAGCUCGGAGGCACCACACUGUCGCCCUUGCAAGCUCCAUCUUCAUCGCAGGCAUCAGGCAGUGGAAAUAUGGAACCCAGACCAGAAUUUAGGAUGUUUCUCACCAGUGAAACUGAACAGUCUGUGGAGAAAGACAACGAUGAGGACAAACUCAGUGUUUCAGUGACCGUUGAUGUUCAGGAUGCAGUUGUGAAAGCCAAGGAUGAGCCUGGCUGCAUGACACCAUCCACUCAGAUCAACAAAAUGGAGCCCCUCACAAACCAAAAUAAAGAAAAGGUGUCAGAAGAACAGUCCUACUGCAUGUCAUUAAUCACCAAGCAACAGCAGGAAGGCCAGCUCCGGAAACUUCCCCGCCAUCACCCUCUAUUCAGAGAGGUAUACAGCGAGGAUGAGCUAUAUACAGAAGAGGAUGUAGAACAAGAGGAGAAGGAGGAGUGGGCAAAGCCGCUGAAGCAACUGUGGCAGUGUCGGCCUUUAAACCACCAGGUGGAGUGGGAGUACAACAAGAGAAUGGGCGAGCAGGCUCCUUAUUGCUCCAUAUGCCUGCUCUUCCACACCUACCAUCGGUCUGAGGCCAGCCAUGGGAGUUCCAGUGUGACACUGGUGAACCGCCAGGGGUGCCAGUGGUCCAAACCGCUCAUUCCUGAAAUGUGUUUUAACACCCAUACCAACAAGGCCAGUGAUAGCGGAGAGGGCCAACUCUCCAACCCUCAUAUCAAAGAGGACGGCACCAGCCGGCUGGUCAGCUGUUCUCGGUGCUGUGUCCGUGUGCAUACCAGUUGCUAUGGUGUUAGGGAAGAAGUGGAACAGGAUGACUGGUUGUGUGCUCGCUGCAAAGCCGAUGCUACUUCUGAGGAUUGUUGUCUGUGUUCUCUCAGAGGUGGAGCUCUGCAGAGAGCCAACAAUGACAAGUGGGUUCAUGUGCUGUGUGCCAUCACUGUACUAGAAGCUCACUUUGUCAACAUCACUGAGCGGAGUCCUAUUGAUCUCUCUGCAAUCCCACUGCCACGAUUCAAACUGAAGUGUGUUUUCUGCAGGAAGCGGAUGAAGAGGGAGGUGAGGGGCUGCUGUGUUCAGUGCUCCCACGGACGCUGCUCCACUGCAUUCCAUCCCACCUGCGCUCAGGCCGCCGGCGUCCUUAUGCACCCGGAUGACUGGCCUUUCAUUGUCUACAUCACCUGUCAGAGGCACAAAGCACCCCCUAUAGUUGAGCGUAAUAAGGACUCCAUGGGAGAGCUGACAGUGGGCCAGAGGGUGAUCUGCAAAUACAGAAAUGGUCGUUACUACCACAGCGAGGUAGUAGAGUUGACCACUGCCACCUUCUAUGAGGUCGUGUUCGACGAUGGCUCUUACAGCGACAACCUCCUUCCAGAGGACAUAGAGAACCGGGACUGUAUUCGUCUGGGGCCACCUGCAGAGGGGGCUGCCGUGUCAGUGCGGUGGACGGAUGGGUUGGUGUAUGGGGCCAAGUUCGUGGCGUCCCACUCCAUCCCAAUGUACUUGGUGGAAUUUGAAGAUGGGUCUCAAAUUUCCGUCAAGCGAGAAGACAUGUACACGUUAGAUGAAGAUCUUCCCAAACGGGUCAAGUCCCGAAUGUCGGUGGCGUCGGACAUGCGCUUCGAGCUCUUCGCUCAGAGUGACGUCAAACAGAACUCCAAACGCCAACGGGUCAUCAACUCCCGAUACAGAGAGGACUACAACAUGGAGCCCGUCAUUUAUCGGGCCAUCAUGGAGUGAUGUUCGUCUCUCUUCACAGUGCAUUUCCUGGUCUGGCUACUGCUGAUUACGAGGCGAGCACCCACCCUCACCCCCACCCUACACACACUCCCCUCCUUUAGCGUCCAUGGCCUCUCUGGCUUCUAUGUAACAACUUCGGCUGGGACUUCCAAUGACUUUGGUGUGCAUUGAGUACAACUCUUUCCUAUCAUGCUCUCUAGAUUGUGCUUUCCUUAUGAUGAAUAAUUUAUUUCCAUUUUUUCGAGGAAGAAGCCAUCAGCCGGUAAUUAAGUAGGUGAAAAUUUGCACUACUUACUGAGGCAACAAGAAGGUUUUUCUCCUCCUCAUGUCAGCUAUGUGCAGCUUAACAGACAUGUUCUCAUUUAGUGGUUUUCCUUUCAUUUGGGUGACUUUUUAACAAGAGCGACAUGGACGUUAACUAGGGUGUUGGAACUGUGCUUAAUCAGCCGUGGACGUCAAUAACCUUUUCACUCAAGGUGGCUGUCCCAUCAAGUUGCUUGUCCAAAGAAAUGAAACGUUACACUUGGAGAAUGUCAAGAAGGCUGACAUUUUCCUCCCCAUCAUCAGUCGUCACGUGUUCAUCUACAUCUCAACUGUCCAAAUGGAAGAAUUGUAUUCCCGAUGGAGAGACUCAAGCCUUGCAUCCCCACGUUUACCCCGAAAGCAUCACAUUUAUUUUGACUACGAUAAGAAACCUCUUAUUUUAUGCAGGUGGAUUGACUUUGAGGGGGAAAUAACUACUUUGAACUUUUCACAAAUCUGUAGAAAACCUCAGAUGUAUUUAUAUUUAUGAAAUUAGAAGGUUUUCAGACAUGGUUGUAGUUUUCAAGCUUUCCUCUGCUUUGAAUUGGGUGAUGUGAAUCUGAUGGAGCCAAAAGCACUUACUCUCAACAUGGCCACCAAAGAGCUGAGUUUCUCUCGUGAUUAUUUGUACUUUUUGUCUGGUGACCGCUAGCGACGUAGAUCCUAGUCGACAGUUGUACUUCAGAUAUAGUGAGGAUGGCGAGCUAGUGAUGUCAUGGCUAUUGUUGCUUACAGUUUGAUGCAAGGCACCCUUUGUAAACCUCAACUCAGUAAAGUUUGGGAUAAGAAAAACAACAACCUUGUAUGUCUGUGUGAUUGAUAACUUCUAUAUUACAAUAUAUUACAAUAUAUACUCUU